UUGAAAACAGGUUUUUUCUACUUUUUUCAGCCUUGUAUUUUAUUUUUUAAAUUUUAUAUAGGUUUUCAACUGUGAAGAAUGUGGUCGACCGCACACAAGCACAACCAACUAUCUGGCGCCCCUCCUGAGGUAAUUGAGUUGUAUAGAAACACUGAUUUUGUAUCCGAAUCUUCACAUACUUGUAGGCUGGACUCGGUAUGUGCAAGCUCUGUAAUAAUUACGGCUGAUGGUCAAAUAACAACCAAAACUGUUGGCCACGUCGGUGAUCGUCAUUUGCAGGCUCAACUCAAUCUGCCUGGGCUGCAGGAGCGUUGCGCCGUCUCAGCCAACAAGGAUCUAUUCAAGCUGUCAACACUACUUGGCGAAAACGAAAUGGAAUGCCGGGCGCAAGAAAAAAUCCAAAAGCACAUGGAAAACAAAAUGGGAUUACCUCAACAUGUGUAUCCGUGGGACAUAAUAACGCAAGCGCAUACAAAGGAUUGCAAGUUUGCUCAGCAAGCCCACAACUUUACUGAACAGCUGGAUGGUAAGCCGACAAUUAAGCUACACAAGCCACAACAACCUGAUUGUAGGCAAGAAGAAAUGCCACUUCCAAGUGUGCAGAAAAGAAAUCCAAAAAAAAUCAAGAAAACUAAAUAUCAAAAAAAGAAAAAUGAUUGUUCAACAGAUGAAAGCUGCUAUGACACAGCUGACACAAGCCGAAAAUCAGUUCAAUAUAAGCGACGCAGAGUAGAGAAACCACUCACACACAAGCCAUACUUGGAGCAUGCUGCCGAGCCUCAGCGGGAUGCAUUACCACAGAUGAAUGCUAGUAUCCUGGCCGUAGUGAGUCCCUUACAACGGUACAAGUGCACCAAAUUCAGCAAAAUAGUCGAUAGAGCCAAGCGCACUGUUCAAAUUUUUGAUGACUGGAAUACCUAUACAAUUCUCUUGCUUCUGUGCACUUUAGCCUAUCUUGGCUAUAUGCUGGGCUAUGACAUUACAGAAUAUGCCAGUGAGGAGCGACGCUAUUUGGCUAAAAUGAAAUCGGCUGGCUUUAUGGUCAAAUGCUUUUAUUAUAUAAUGCGCUUGCUAAAGGUGCCCAUAUUUUAAAUUGCAAACUUUAGAGUUCCGUUUUUCAGUUUUAGAGUAAUAAAAUUUAACUCCAU